AAUAGCUUGUUUAUUUACAAUAAGUUAAUUAUACUGGUAUUUUGGAUUUUGGCAUUAGUUUUAUAAUUUUGGAAAGAAAUGGAAGUUGAUGAAGAAACUCCUAUUACUGACAAUUCAAGGAUUGAAGACUGUGAGGUCUGUGGGAAAAACAAAGCCAAGUAUACUUGCCCUAGAUGUGAAGUCAGAACUUGUUGCUUAGAUUGUGUUAAGAUUCACAAGAAAGAACUGGAAUGUAACGGAAUCCGAGACAGAGUUAAGUUCAAAACAUUGAAGAACUUCAGCAAUAUUGAUCUUUUGAAUGAUUAUCGAUUUUUAGAGGAAACAGCUCGCCUUGUUAGCCGAUCUGAGAAACUUCCCCCCAAGUCAUGCUACAACCCGAUCAAUGGGAACCUCCCGUUGGAGUUGUACCGUUUAAUGAGAGCUGCUCUUAGCAGAGGUGUUCAGCUCCAUUAUCUACCUCCAGCUUUUGAAAGACAUCGGACAAACACUACUCACCUCGACUACAAUCACCAAAAUCUCUAUUGGAAAAUUGAUUGGGUGUUUCCUCAAGCUGAAAACUUUAAGGCUACGGACAAAAGAGUUUUGGAUAGUCUGCUUCUCUCGGCUUGUGUUCACAAGUACAUUGUUCCUGAAGACAUGACAUUCCCGCAGCUGUCAUUCUACCAAGCAGCAGGACACUCGGGGAUCACGCUACUGUUGCAAGCGGAACGCACUGCUCCUAACCGAUAUCACAUGUUAGAUUCUACUUCUACAAUAAGAGUCAAUCUGUUUGGGAAGUCCAUAAUUGAAAACCCAGUUAUUUACGUUGUGUUGAAUCAUCACAGGCAUUUGUACAAUGUCCUGACAGAUGAAGAAGAAGAAGAAUUGCAGAGGAAGCAAAAGAGAAGACUGAAUGACAAAAGAAAACGUUCAUCAUUUGGACCAAAUAAUUUCCUUUUCUCUGACAUAAACAACGAGGAAGGAAACACAAUGGAUAAAGAAUGCUGCUCAGAAGGUGACGACCAACCCAACGAAGGGGAAACUGGAGACACUGGAAGACCUUUUAGGAAGCAUCCAAAGUUUUCAAGAGGAAGGGGUAGAGGCAGAAGAAGAGGACAUUUCAGGGGACGGUGGAAUGGAGGUAGAAAUAGAAGAGGACAUCGUGGGAAACCUCAACAUUCCUGUGGUGAAUCCAGCCAAGAAGAUGUCAAUGGAGGAUUAUCCCAAAGCUUGGGAGCUAUCGCCAUUCAGCAGUGAGCUUACCUGUGAUAAAAUAGUGCCCAGACUGUUAUUUUUGUUUUUGAAGUAUUGUUUAGUUUUUCAACUUUUUGAGUGUAAUUAUACAUUUGCUAUUUUAUUGUCAAUGUGUUAUGUAUAAAGAUUAUUAUGAUUUUAAUAAAGGCUAUUUCAGUUCA